AAGUAGAGUGAGUGUGGGAGGAGGGCAAAAAGGGAAUUCACAUCCCACCUCUUAUUUGUUCCCCCUACUCCUCCCUCUUCUAUUUUUUCUUCUCUCUCCUCCCCCUCUGCUUCUUCUUCAUCUUCUUCUUCUUCUUCUUCUUCUCUCUCACUACCCAUCUCCAUAUCUACCCACAUUCAUUCCCUGGUUCCUCCUUUCCAACUCACGAGAUCCCCAAUUCCCCAUCUCCCCCACUUUUCCUCCUCUCUCUCUCUCUCUCUCUCUCUCUCUCUCUCUCUCUCGUCUAUGUCCUUGUUCGCAUCUACGAACCCACCAUUUUCCUCCUCGCGCACCAUUCUCUGUGCCCAUUGCGAUUAGCUGCGUGAAUCGACCCCAAAGUUGCGAACUUUGGCGCCGCGGGAGGGUCGGUGGAGAGAGAGAGAUCGGCGAUGUCGCGCUCCGACUCGGCCCGGUUCGACCCGGACAGGCUCGACGCGGCCCUGCGCCUGGACGAGCCCAACAAGCCCGACUCCAAGCCCCUCCCCGACCUCGGCUCCCCCGUCUCCCCCCUCCGCCCCCGCGGCCCCGCCCCCGCCACAAGCGGCAGCUCCGGCUCCUCCGGCUCCUUCUCCUCCAAACCCCCCUCCUCCUCCUCCGCCGCCGCCGCCGCCUCCUCGGGGCGCCGGAGCCACUCCGGCGAGCUCCCCGGCGGAGGAGGAGGAGGAGGAGGAGGGGGGAGCACGGCGAGCUCGCCGGCGACCAAUGUGCUUCCCGCGGGGAACAUAUGCCCCUCGGGGAAGAUCGCGAAGAUGGGCGCCGCGGCGCCGCGGAGCGAUGUGCUUGGCUCCGGGACGGGCCACUACGGCCACGGGAGCAUAAUGUGGGGCGGCUCCGCCUCCGCCUCCGCCUCCGCCGCCGCGACCUCCGGCGACUCCCCGUCCUCGUCGUCGAAGCGGGCUCCCACAGCUGCGACCCUACAAGACGUGAUCAAGGUCGGGAACGAGCACUACAAGAAGGGGAACUACGCGGAGGCGCUCAGGCUCUACGACCGGGCCGUCGCGAUGUGCCCCGACAGCGCCUCCUGCCGGAGCAACCGCGCCGCCGCUCUGGUCGGGCUGGGGAGGCUCUGCGAUGCGGCCAAGGAGUGCGAGGAGGCCCUGCAGCUCGAUCCCGCGAACACCCGAGCUCAUCAUCGCCUCGCCUCCGUAAAUCUGCGGUUAGGGUUGAUAGCGAAUGCGAGGCGGCACAUCUCACUAGCGGGGCCGGGGCAGCAGCCCAAUCCGUCCGAGUGGAAGAAGAUGCAAGAGGUGGAGCGGCAUUUGGGGAGGUGCGAAGAUUCUAGAAAGGCAGGAGAUUGGAAAAGCGCGCUUAGAGAAGCCGAUGCCGCCAUCGCUGCAGGAGCCGACUCUUCCCCAUUGCUCUUAGCGUCGAGGGCAGAAGCCCUUCUACGCCUCCAUAAGCUCGAAGAGGCUGAUUCGAGCUUAUCGAAAGCUCCUAAAUUGGAAAACUCGUCCUCGUCUUCCUCAUCAAGUAAAUUUUCUGGGAUGCUAUCCAAUUCCUACAUCUACAUUGUUCAAGCGCAAGUAGAUAUGGCAUUGGGAAGGUUUGAGAGUGCGGUAACAGCAGCGGAGAAGGCGAGGCAGGUAGAUCCUGGAAAUAUUGAGAUCUCAAUGGCGGCGAACAAUGUGAGAUUGGUGGCGAGGGCUCGAGCUCACGGAAAUGAGCUGUUUAAAUCAGGCAAUUUUGCUGAGGCUUGUAUAGCUUACGGGGAAGGACUCAAAUAUGAUUCAUAUAAUCCUGUUCUGUAUUGUAACAGAGCCGCUUGUCGGUUCAAGCUGGGACAGUGGGAAAAAUCUGUCGAGGACUGCAACGAAGCCCUCAGAAUACAACCCAGUUACACAAAAGCACUUCUAAGAAGAGCUGCUUCCUAUACCAAGCUUGAGCGAUGGGUUGAAUCUGUUAGAGACUAUGAAGUUCUUAGAAAGGAACUGCCAGAAGAUACCGAAGUGGCCGAAGCCUUAUUUCAUGCCCAAGUCGCACUGAAAACAUCUAGAGGCGAGGAAGUCUCCAAUAUGAAGUUCGGUGGUGAGGUUGAGGACGUUACUAGCGUGGAGCAAUUCCAAGCAGAAAUUUCUUUUCCUGGAGUUUCAGUUGUUUAUUUUACGGCGGCGUCGAAUCAGCAGUGCACCCAAAUUUCACCUUUUGUGGAUGCUCUGUGCAAACGAUACCCAUCCGCCAAUUUCCUUAAGGUCGACAUAAAUCAGAGCCCUCUGGUCGCAAGGGCGGAGAAUGUGAGAAUCGUCCCAACUUUUAAGAUCUACAAGAACGGGGCGCGGAUGAAGGAGAUGAUCUGCCCCAACCAGCAGGUUUUGGAGUACUCAGUGAGGCAUUAUAGUCUUUAGCAGUGAUGUUUUGAAAUGAAAUGGUUCCUUAAAUAUAUCCUUCCCUCCUUGGCCAUAAUCUAUUCAAAACCAUAACAUGAGCCCCAUCAAUCCAACCAACAUGAAUUUUUCCUCAGCCAAAAAGAAAAAAAAAAAAGAAAAAAGAGCCAGAGCCAUAGAGAGAGACCACCCCAUUUUUUCCUCCUUUUUUACCCUUAUUUACCUUUUUUUCGUUUUACUUGAUCUUUACCCAUCUUAUCAAUUCUUUUCUUCUGUGACUCCUCUCUCAUCUCUGCAUGUCAAUUCCAAUUCCAUUCCCUAGUUAGCAUAGGAUACUCUUCAUUUUGGUUUUAUACCCACCCACCAUUUAAUUCUUCUUGAGAAGCCUAUUUGUACUGUUCAUUUACUUCCUCUAGAGAGAGAGAGAGAGAGAGAGAGGGAAAUAUGGCUGGUUGAAAUUUAUUACAUGUAUAUAUGGUACACCAAAACAUGAGAAGCCAUAGUGGAGGUAGCACAGGGCUGGGUUUUUUUUUCUGCUUAGAAAGAGAGAGAGAUAGAGAGGUCAUUGCUGUAAUUGCUGCUGCCAGUGGUGGCAACUCUGAUAUAUAUGCUACAUUUCUUUCAAUAAAAAAGCUCAAAAUUCUUUCUAA